CAUAAUUAUCCCAUAAUGUGGAGCAUAUCGAAAGAGAAUUACAAUUACACUUCAAGAAUAAUAUCACUGGAGUGGACCAACUCUUUCGCUACUCGCACGGAAAACUUCGUCCUUGCUAAAAUGUCGGGCUUACGGAAGCAAAAGCAGCCAGAAUGGAAGGAUACCAACCUUGCCUUAUUCGGCUCUGACAUCGAGAAAAACGUCAAACGAGAGGCUGCAGCGACGGAAAUUGCUUGGAAAAAUGCAGGGACGAGAGAGGGACUUCAAAUUUGGCGGAUUGAAAAGUUCAAGGUGAAGGUGUGGUCUCGUGAAGACUACGGCUCAUUCUAUGAUGGCGACUCCUACAUCAUCCUCAACACCUAUAAGGAAUCUGGCGAGGAUGAAUUAAAAUACGAUGUCCAUUUCUGGAUCGGUAAAGACUCAACACAAGAUGAGUACGGUACGGCCGCGUACAAAACUGUAGAACUCGACAUCCAUUUGAAUGAUAAACCGAUUCAGCAUCGCGAGGUCCAGGGAUUCGAGUCGAAGCUGUUCAAGUCCUACUUCAAGUCCUUGACCAUUCUAAAGGGCGGUGUUGACUCUGGCUUCAGACACGUGAAGCCUCAGGAAUACAAGCCACGCUUACUCCGAGUUAGAGGCACCACGGCAUCAAAUUGCGUGGUGGAGGAGGUCUUGCUGGCUCGUAGUUCGCUCUGCUCUGAAGAUGUGUUCAUACUGGACAAGGGACUGAACCUCUAUCUGUGGGUCGGCGUGAAGUGCGACAAGGAUGAGAAGUUCCGCGGCAUGCAGGAAAUCCUGAAAAUCAAGAGCGAGAGGAACGGGAAACCGAAAAGCGAAGUUAACGAUGAGUCAUCUAUGAAGCCUGACGAUGAUUUCUACAAACUGUUACCCAAUGUGUCAAAGGACUGCGAAGACUCGAGUUUUCCUAAGGGAGACUACGACUCGUUCGAGCCAGAGCUGUACAGGAUUUCAGAUGCCUCAGGAAAAAUACAGAAAACGCAGAUAAAGAAGGGACGUAUUAGCAGGAAGGACUUCGACGAGCAAGAUGUGUUCCUAUUUGACACGGGUCGCCACCUGUUCGUUUACACUGGCAACAAAGCGAGCAUCGAUGAGAGGCGUCUGGCCUUGCAAAUCGGGCACAAUCACUUGAUGAGAACCGAUCACCCCUUCGCUGCGAUAAGCACAGUGUACCACGGCCGAGAGCCCGGAGAAUUCCUGGAAGCACUCGCACACUGAUGGAUAAGUCUUCGAGGCCGCCAAACAGGAAAAUCAAUAAUAAUCCAGACUAUAUGAUUUGGAAAAGCUACCGUAAUACAAUUUUAAUACAAAAUCAAAGUAAUGAAACGUAGGCAUAAAAAUUGAACAUGAAGCUUCCUGUCAAAAAUGAAAUAAAAUGAAAAUAUACAAUUCGGAUUGCGAAAAGAGCGAUCUAAAAAAUAUUCGUACUUCCAUACUAUUCUGUGCGCUACGACUAAAUAAAUCAACAUUGUGUAAUUAAA